UGUUGGAAUUUUAAAUGACCUUUUUUAUAUUGAUUUAUCAAAGUCAUUUAAUGUGCGUGCACCACCAGUAAAAGAAUUGCCUUCUAUGCCUAUAUAUCAUGCUGAUUCUGCCGCAUCAUUCGGUGGAAUGGAUAAAUCUUUGAUCUGCAUAAUUGGUGGUUACUUCGUUUAUGAAAAUGGAACACCUUUUGUUGAUGAUAAUAGCGCAUUUUGGACUUUCAAUACAAGACAAGAAAUAUGGACGAACCAAACCAUCUGGGGAUCAAAAAAUAUUAGUCUUGAUAUUUGGGCCGACAGCGCUGUCACAGAUUUUAAGAAUCGUAUAAUAAUGGAAGGUUACACUGAAUUGCUUAUGUUUGACACUAUUAAAUUUACAUUGUCAUACCUCCGGUCAUUUGAUCAGCCACCACUAGAUAUUUUUUUUACAUCUACAAUUUUGGAUAACGGAAUAAUAGUCUAUAUUGGCGGAAUGGAUGCUGACCCUGAUUCUAUGUAUUCGAAUGUAACAGGUCCACCAGGGAUUCAGGCGCGCUUCGGACACUCUGCUGCACUUGGACUUAUUUACAUAUUUGGCGGACAAACAUUCCCUAUCACUAAUGCAACAAGUGAAUUAAGUGUCGAACCAUCCCCAAACUUAAUUAUUCUGGAUAUUAAUAAAUUUUCCUGGAUUGUUCCAUCACAACAUCUUUCUCCUGGUGAUCUAAUACCACCACAUUCUCUUAGUUAUCAUGGAGCCGCCAUAGUUAACGGAUAUAUGAUAAUUACUUAUGGUGCAAUGGCCCAUCUAAUAAAAUAUAUCUUUUUGAUAUUAUUGAGCGCGAGUGGGUUGGCAAUUAUUUCCCUAGAUGAUUCGGUUUCAGUAGAAGCCAAAGAAAAAAAAUCUGUGCUUAAAUUUAGCAUAUGA